AUGCAAGGCGCGCUGCGAUGGCUCACGGAGGUCUCGGCCAAUCUGAGACCGCCGCUGCUGGCGCUUGUAACGAAUCGCCUUGAAAGGGAUGCUGAAAACGCGUACUUUUUCACGCUUGGAUCGGGCCUCAAGUCACUGGGAUACGCCAUUGAGGUGAUAGCGCAGGAAGGAGGGCCCAUGGCGGACGCGUGGAGGGGCCUGGCCGUGCGUGUGACUAUAACGGGGCGCCACAACACGAGCCUGAAUCACAUCGACUGGCUGGAUUUCCUGCUCCGCCCCUCUCUCCUGCCCCUCUCUCCCGCCCCUCUCUCCCGCACCUCUCUCCCGCCCCUCUCUCCCGCACCUCUCUCCCGCCCCUCUCUCCCGCCCCUCUCUCCCACACCUCUCUCCCGCCCCUCUCUCCCACACCUCUCUCCCGCACCACUCUUCUGCCUUGCAUUCCCGCCUUGCUGCCGCCCGUGGGACUUCCUUCCCUUGCGCAGCUACCAGGGAGUUUUGGCGAACUCGUUAGAAGCCACUUCGUUUAUAGCCAAGCUGGCCCAAGAACCCUUCACCGAAGUCCCGCUGGUGUGGAUCGUACACGAGGCUGACGUGGCGGACAGGCUGGCAGUGUACGAGUCCAGUCAGCAUCUGCAAGGGCUGAGGCAGCAGUGGGUGGAGCUAUUCGCUCGACCUGACGCCCUCGUGUUCCCCUGCAUGGCACUCAAAGAGCGGUACCAGUCCCUGAACACUGGAAACUUCGUGGUAAUUCCCGGCUCGCCCACGUGGACGUACGCCGCGACCCGAUUCGCCGCGUCGCACUCGCCAGAGUCGGAGCGGGCGGCGCGUCAGAUCCCGCCUGACACGUUCACUGUAGCAGUGGCGGGAAACCAGAGGGUGUACCAGGGAAAGUGGCGGGAAAGGGCAAUGGCUAUGCAUGCCGUUCAGUCAUUGGUGCAGCCGCCUGGUUUGGGGUGGGGGUCUAUAUGGGGGUGGAUGGUAGGGGAUGCUGUGGGAAAGGGAGGAGGGGAGGGAGGAGGAGGAGGAGGAGGGGGAGGAGGGGAAGGAAGGAGGGAGCAGAGAGGAGGUGGGAGAGGGAGAGGAGGGGAAGGGAACCAAAAGGAGCGAGAGGGGGUUUCUGCUGUGGAGCGAGCGCACGUGGUGUUUAUGGGAAACUGGAACACCUCAGGGUCACAGUCGCAGCUGGCAGUGCUUAAGGUGGUAGCGAAGCAUCUGCUUAUAGCGAAUCUGACGUGGGGCGUGGGGGAGGCGGAGGGGGAGGAGGGGAUGGGUGUACUGAUGGCGAGUGAUGUGGUGGUGUGGAGUUCCGUGGAGGAGGAGAGGGAGGUGAAUCCGCUGCUGGUGAAAGCGCUGGCCCUGGGGAAGGUGAUUGUGGUGCCAAAGCUGAUCAAGAUCCGAGCAGAGUUGACCAAUGGCGUGCAAGCUCUUUUCUAUGACCCCGGGAAGGAACCUUCCAUGAAGCAGGCGCUCCUUAAGGCCGCGUCGCUCUCGCAGUCUGACGCACUUGCCAUGUCAGCAUCGGGCCGAGAGCUCUCAUUGGCUCUGGGCGCGCGCAGCGUGGUUAAGGAGGUAGCGAGGCUCCUAGAGCGGGUAAUGGAAGGGGGCGUGGGGAUUAGAAGCCCUCGGCCGGCGGAUUGGCUGUGGUGGGAUAAGAAGCAGGCGUGGAUGUGGGGGGAGGACGGUGGGUGGGGGUGGGGAGAGGGAGGGGGGAAGGGAGGAGACGGAGGAGAGGGAGGGAGCCGGGAUGUAAGAGAAGGGAGGGAAGAGGGAGGAGUACGGAAGGGAGAGGGAGGAUACGGGACGGGAGGUGGGGGGAAAACGAAGGGUGGAGAGGAGGAAGGGGAGGAGGAAGGGGAGAGAGUGGAUGUAGGUGGGGGUGUGGAGGAAGGGGAGGCUGAGGUUGUGACGGGAGGGGAGAGUGGGGUUAUUGGAGGGAGGAAGGUGAUACUAAGGAAAGGUGACUAUAAGGGUCGAAGGGUGGGGUUGAAGGAGGGAGGCAAGGAAAAGGAAGGCGAGGGGAGGGUGGUGGGGACCGGAAGAGGAGAGAGAGCAGAUGUGGAUACGAGUGAGGGUCGGAAUAGUGCGACAGAGAGGAGUGAGGGAGGGAGUGAGGGAGGGAGUGAGAGGAGGAGGAGUGUGGUGCUGCAGAUGGAGGAGGAGUGGGAGGAGUUGAAGAGAAGGGAAGCGGCGCUGCUGAUGGGAGAUAAAACGAGGGAUAGCAUGCUGAUGGCCGAAAUGGACGGUGCUGAGGAGGCGGUGGGAGGCGGGCUAGCGGGUGAAACAGGAGGAGCAGGAGUUGGAGCAGGCGCAACAGCAGCAGCAGCAGGGGGAGCAGCAGGAGUGGGCGGGGGAGUAGCGGGGCAAGGGGGGUCGGUAACAGAGGCUGACAGAAACGGUGGUGCUGUUGGCGUGGUUGAUAGGGUGGGCGGGUCUGGUGCGGUUCUGAGUGGUAGCAAGUCAAGUGCAGCGGUUUCAGGUGCUGCCGCUGCAGCUGCUGCCAUUGGGACUGUGGGGGAGGAGAAAGGCAGCGCAGGAGAAAGGACAGGAGGAGGAACAGCAGCAGCAGCAGCAGCAGCAGGAGUGCCUGAGCUGAAAGCACCUGAGGAGCAACUGGAGGCCGAUAUUUUGUGGGACCGCAGGGAACACGAAUCCCUGUCAUGGGAGGAGGUGAAGGUGGGGGUGAAGCGGGCGGAGAGGAGUGGGCUGCAUGAGAGGGACGACGGGGACCUCGAGCGAUCAGGCCAGCCCAUCUGCAUCUACGAGCCGUACACUGGGAACGGAUCCUGGCCGUUCAUUCAUGACAAGGAUACCCUGUACCGUGGGGUUAGUCUGUCGCGCUCCUCCCGCCGCCCCAACCUGUAUGACGACGUGAACGCGUGGGCGCGCCUGCCCAUGCUCGCCUCCCCCUACUACCGCGACGUGCUGUGCGACUUUGCAGCCAUGCUCGCAAUCAACUACCGCAUAGACCGAGUCCACAGGAACCCCUGGAUAGGCUUCCAGCCGUGGCGGGUCCGGGCGGAGAAUGUGGGGUUGAGCGGCGCUGCGGAAAAGGCGCUGGUUGGGACUAUAGAGGGCGGGACUGUAGCGGAUGUGGUAGUGUACUGGGUGAGUAUUGUAGACCAGGUGGAGAUUCAUAGGGAUCCGAGGAGUGCGGCGCUGGGGGAGGAUGGGGAGAAGGUGGGGGGAGGGGGAGGGGGAGGGGGAGGCGGAGGCGGGGGGGGAGGCGGAGGGGGAGGUGCGCGAGAGCAUGGGGGUAAGGGUGAUGGGGGAGGGGAGACGGGGGUAGGAGUGGGGAAAGCGCGUGUUGGGGGGUUGGAGGAGCGAAGUGGGGAUGACUUUUGGACUACAUGUGACAUGAUGAACCGUGGUAACUGCAGAGCUGCAUUCCUGGAGGCCAUGCGCCUGGUGUACAGCCUGCCUUCAAAUUGGACCACCCUGCCACCCAUGCCCACCGGAGGGGGUACCUGGUCUGCCAUGCACGCGUGGGCCAUGCCGGCACACAACUUUGUGGAGUUCAUGCUGUUUGCGCGCAUGUUCGUUGACGCCCUUGAUGUGAAAUUCUAUCAGAGACACGCGGCCCACGGCACAUGCCCACUCGCUCAGAGCCAUGCAGAGCACCCAGUUCCCACGCGCUCUAGAUCCCGCUCCCGGCGCGCCUGGUUCCAAUGGUUCUCCCGCCCGGUACUUAAAGCUAUGGAUGAGGAAAGAGCAGAAGAGACGGACGACCCCGCCCACGCGAUCAACGGGCGGCGGUGGCUUUGGCCUCAUCUAGGGGAGGUGCAGUGGCAGGGGUCGAUCGAGCGGGAUAGAAUGUUUAAAUUGUGGCAGAAGGGGCAGAAGGAGAGGAAGAAGAAGGAGAGGCUGGCGCGAAUGAGAGUGAGGUAUAAGCAGGAGGCGUUGGGAGGGCCUGUGGUGAAAACAUUGGGGGAGGUUGGGGGCGUGGGGGGGUUGGGGAGGAAUGGGAGUGUUGUGGAGAGUGGGGAGGAGGGGAAGAGAGGAAGUGGUGGUGGCGGCGGCAGUGACAGGGAAGGCGGUGUAGGCAAGAAGAGUAGCAGCAGCAGUAGCAGUGACACGGCUCAGGAGGAGGGUAAGGAGGACAGUGAUACAAGAUGA